AGAACGGACAUGUUGUGUUAGAGAUCCCUCCGACUACGAAGGCUACGCUCCUCACAAUGCAUCGCCAGGCCGUCCUGCGUCUGGCUCGCCAGACCGGCGCUUUCCCCCUGGGUGAAUUGCCUCCCCCAUACCUCGCCCCGUCCCUCCAUUUCUCUCUCAACCGGUCGCCGGCCCAGGCCUCGAACUUUUCGUCCACCGCUGCCGCCGCGGGCCACGGACGUGACCUGAGCAAGUCUCGCGGUGUGUCCGCCAUCCACCGCACCGGCCCGAAAUUCAAGCUGGGUGUGUCGAAGUACCCAUUGCCCAAGCCCGUCGCUCGCGGCGAAGUCGAAAAGCGUCACCCUACCCCCGACCAUGGACUCUGGGGAUUCUUCCCCAAGGACCGACAGGCAUUGAGCAGCCCGGAAUAUGAUACCGCCCACGGUCGUUCAUGGUCGAUUCAGGAACUCCGCGAGAAGUCGUGGGAUGACCUCCACUCUCUGUGGUGGGUCUGCGUCAAGGAGCGCAACCGCAUAGCCACCUCCAACUUGGAGAGAGAGAGACUGAAGGCCGGUUAUGGUGAAUACGAGGCGAACGAGCGAGACCGUGUGGUUCGCGUUACGCAAAACGGCAUCAAGCACGUUCUGCGAGAAAGAUGGUACGCUUGGGAAGAUGCUCAGAAGCUUUACAAGAAUGGAUACCGGCCGCAGCAUGAAGGUACUCAGGAUGCAUCCUACCCUGCGAAGUCUGGGGAUUCUGAGAACCUUGAGAAGCCUGAGCGGGCUGAGAAAGCGUAAAUUCCACCAUUGGUUAUGUCAUUGAAGACACAGUUCGGGGCUCUAUUGACGGAAAUCCACCUUACUGGUCUUGUAUUAUUGUAUGUAGUAUAGUUUGCAACUUCCCCUUUUUUUACCAUGCAUUGGCUUGCUUCAGAAUCUAUACAUUGCGCUCAGAUCAUAG